UGUGCAAACAAUUGAGGUGCAAUACCAUAUGGGACAAUAUUAAAAAGCGAUUUGUUUGUAAACCAAGUGCAUUUCAAUAAAUAGCAGGGCACUGAUCGAACGUUGUCAUUAGUUUAUCGGCUUUUGUGCACUAUGAUGGCAACACUGCAUACGCCGGCCAUGUUAUGAUAUGUAAAAGUUGGACGUAGACACGUGUUUAAUUUGUGCUCCCAAAAUACGCUAAAAAUUUGUGUUAUAAGUCAAAUAAAAAACAGUGAAUAUCAUAAAAAACAAUAAAGUCAAUAGUUACGCUUCUUUAAAAGCAAUUCAAAGUAAAUUCUUUACCCCACUGGUUUCAAAAGAUUCUCCAAUAUUCAGCGAAAAUGGUAUCCGGUCGUCCUCUACUCUAUCUCUCACUGCCCGGUGUAGCAUUUAUACUCGGCGUCUUUUGGUUUCGGCGUAGAAAUAAAAAUCGCAUUGAUAAAAACGAUGACGAUGCCAAUGGCGCCGCUGCCAAUGGAAAGCCGAUCAAAGAGGCCAUCGAGCCGGGAACACAGCGCAAAACAGUGAAUGGCAUCCAGUCCCAAAAUGGCAAGUUGCCUGCGGGCAACGGAAAUGGAGCAGUACCUGGUACUGGUGCCUCCAAGUCGAUGAGCAUCAGUGUGGGCAAUGGAUCAGUGUUGAACAAUGGGGAGUAUGAUAAGGAGAGCCCGAAUACCAUGCUAUAUGGUAAAUCGGCGCCAAUCACAAUACAGAGCAAUGGACGCGCUUCCCCGGGCAAGCAUCAGCAGCAACAGAUCGAUUCGGAAAUGCUAAAGUCUAAGAUACAAGAUGCAGAGCAUAAGAAGCUCUGCUCCAUUGACGAGGACUUUGAGAAUCUGUCAUCGCCCAGAGAUUUGCCGGAUUCUAUAUCGAAGAAUCGCGUCUCGUUCUACAAUCGGAAUACUAACCAAAAGAAAGAAGAGCCAGUGGUCAUCAAAGCAACGCGCACACCAAAAAUAUCCCCAGAGAAUUCAUUUCUCGAGAGCAAAUACACCAAGGAAUGCGAGCAGAACAACAACUGUGAGCCAAAUCCAACUGCAGCUGAUGCUGACAAGAUCAAGAAGCAGCAGCUGGAGGAGGUGAAGGAGCAGAAGGAGCUGAAGGAGAAUCCCGUUGCCGCCGUGGAGCAGCCAAUAGAGCCGGUCAAAAAGACACAGCUACAGAGCACAGCUGAAGCACAGAUCAAACAGACUGAGGAGGAGCAAACGAUUGUGGCCAAGCAUGUGGAUUUGAAUGAGAAUUCGACAGCUGCAUCCACUGUGACUGCCACUGAUGCUGCUGAUUCGGAUGCCCUUGAUGAUGCAGCCAAUGGCAAUCAGAAGCGCAACGUGGAUGCAGCCAGUCCAUCGCUGAGCAUUUGCAGCGUACAAUCUGGCGAUUCGGGCAAAGGCUCCAGCUUGCCGCGAUCGGAGGCAACGUCACGCGUGAAGAGCUCGUAUCGCUUCUUCUUUCCGAAUAGCUUGAUUGGCCAGCUAUAUGGACGCAAGCGUACGUUCAUCAAUAAAAUCAAGUCGAAGACUCUGGCCAAUGUCAGCUUGAGCAAGAAUCGCUACUCAUCCGGCAAGCUGCGCAUUUGCACCAUCGAAGGCACCGACAGUGAGAUCGACGCCGCGCUGGCCAUGAUACGCCAGCGUUUGCCAUCCAGACGCUAUCCCAAUUUCACAAUGCAAAGAAUUCACUAUGCGCUUCCGCAAUCCAUAGUUCCUCUGUCGACUGAAAGCCUCCAUAGCUUACAACUAAACCUGAUCGAGGGCAUCAACAAUGAUGUGUCAGUCACCGCAGUGCUCUCUGGCAAUCAUGUGUUCGUGCAGCAUCCGCUGCAUCCGUCACACCCAUCGCUACACGCACUGCAGAAGAACAUGCUCGACAGCUACUCGAGCAUGGAGGCGCCCAAGUUGCCGAGCAUCGAGAUCAGCGCCGUCUGUGUGUUGCCCAUCAAUGGCGGUUGGUAUCGCGUGCAAAUCGUGGACAGCGAUCCCAACAAUGACGAGGAGCGCUGCGUGGUCAAAUUCUUGGACUUUGGCGGCUAUAUGAAUGUCAGCUUUAGUGUUUUGCGUCAGAUACGCACAGAUUUUAUGACGUUGCCUUUCCAGGCAACCGAAUGCAUACUGUCCAAUGUCGAGCCAAUCGAUGAGACUUGGUCUGUUGAUGCGGCCGAUAUCCUCAGCAAAUUAACCAAAGGCAUUGUCUUGCAAGCACAAGUCGCCGGCUAUAAUAGCCAUAAUAUACCAGAAAUCUAUUUAUUUGCCUCUCUAGGUCCAAACAACAUAAUUUUUAUCAAUAAGGAAAUUGUCGCCAGAAAUCUCGCUAAAUGGGUCGAGAUGCCUGACUAACAAGCCCAAAUGAACAAUGAAACUUAACACAUAGGAAACUACAACAACAACUACAAUAGCAACAACAACAGCAUCAACAAACAAGAAUCAGCAGCGAAACGUUGGAAGUCUCAAAGUGCUGG